AUGCCUAAAACUAUUUAUGCGUUUCUUAAUCUUGGGCCAUUUAAAGGCACGGGCAUUAUAAUCCAACUAGCAGACCAUACCAAUGCUUAUCCAGAGGGGUUAGUCGAAGACGUCUUGGUACAGGUAAAUGAGUUAGUUUUCCCAACAGAUUUUUAUGUCCUAGCUAUGGGAUAUGAGAAAGCAUUAAACCCGUUACCUAUUUUCCUAGGUAGGCCAUUUUUAAGCAGUGUUAAGACAAAAAUAGAUGUGAAUGAGAAUACUUUGUCGAUGGAGUUUGAUGGUGAAAUUGACACAUUUGAAUUGAAUAGGGAGGAUGCACUGGCAGUGGCAUUGGGCAGACAUCUUGAGUUGGGAGCAACUUUUGAUGCACCUGAGUUGGAGCUCAAGCCUUUCCCAAAGCACUUGAAGUAUGUAUUUCUCGGAGACAAUAAGACGCUACCAGUCAUCAUAUAUGCUCACUUGUCAUCAAGGCAAGAAGACAGCCUUAUUCGUCUCCUUCGGGAUCAUAAGAAGGCGAUUGGGGGGAGCAUAGCAAACAUCAAGGGAAUUAGCCCCUCCUUAUGCACGCAUCGGAUCUUACUUGAGGAUGAUGAAAAACCGGUAAGACAAGCGCAACGGAGAUUGAACCCACUAAUGAUAGAAGUGGUAAAGAAGGAAAUACUUAAACUCCUGAAAAUGGGAAUCAUCUUUGCCAUCUCAGAUAAUUCUUGGGAGAAAACUACAUUCACCUGUCCCUUUGGUACUUUUGGCUACCGGAGAAUGCUUUUCGGCCUCUGCAAUGCUCCAACGACUUUUCAAAGGUACAUGGUGAGUAUCUUGUCCGAAUAUGUAAAAAAGAUUAUUGAGGUGUUCAUGGAUGAUUUUAGUGUGUAUGGGGAUAGUUUUGAUGAAUGCUUUGAUAACUUAGCCUUGAUUUUGAAAAGAUGCAUAGAGACAAAUUUAGUUCUAAAUUGGAAAAAAUGUCAUUUCACGGUGGAGCAUGGUAUUGUCUUAGGCCAUGUAGUGUCGGCUAAGGGAAUAGAAGUAGAUAAAGCAAAGGUCGAUAUUAUUUCUGCUUUACCUUAUCUCAUAAGUGUACGGGAAGUGCGUUCCUUUUUGGGUCAUGCAGGGUUCUACAGGAGAUUUAUCAAAGAUUUCUCCAAAAUUGAAGCGCCUCUGUUCAAACUGUUGCAGAAGGAUAUAGCAUUUGACUUCACCGAGGAAUGCAAGGGAGCAUUUGACAGAUUAAAGGAGUCAUUGACAUCGCCACCCAUUAUCCAACCUCCAAACUGGAGCCUCCUAUUCGAAAUUAUGUGUGACGCGAGUGACUACGCCGUGGGAGCUAUGUUGGGGCAAAGAGUCAGCAGGGCGGCACAUGCAAUCUACUAUGCAUCAAAGGCGUUGAAUGGAGCUCAGCUCAACUACUCUACAACAGAGAAAGAAUUACUAGAUAUGGUUUUUGCAAUAGAAAAAUUUAGACCUUAUUUGUUAGGUACAAAAGUAACAGUUUUCUCUGAUCAUGCAACCUUAAGGUACUUGAUGACAAAAAAUGAUGCUAAACCAAGAUUCAUCAGAUGGAUCCUGCUCCUUCAAGAGUUCAACUUGGAGAUUAAAGAUAAAAGUGGGGCAGAGAACCUAGUUGCUGAUCACUUGAGUCGCUUACUUGCACAUAAGGAGGAGCAACCAUUGAGAGAGGCGUUUCCAGAGGAACAACUACUGGCCGUUGAUUCGUCUGCACCCUGGUAUGCUGAUAUGGUAAAUUUCUUAGUGACUAAUCAAUUGCCCGCAGCCAAAGCCACCCAUACUAACGAUUCUAGAGUGGUUGCAGAAUUCUUAAAAUCUAAUAUUUUUGUCUGCUUUGGAAUGCCAAGAGCUGUGGUAAGUGAUAGGGGGACACAUUUUUGUAAUAAGACUAUCACUGCCCUGUUCCAAAAAUACGGCGUGCUCCACAAGGUAUCCGCACCGUAUCACUCGCAGACAAAUGGGCAAGCUGAAGUGUCAAACAGGGAGAUCAAAUCAAUCUUGGAGAAGAUGGUGCGCCCAGAUAGGAAGGAUUGGAUUUCAAAGUUAGAAGACGUACUAUGGGCAUACAGAACCGCGUAUAUGACGCCAAUUGGGAUGUCACCGUACAGACUAGUCUUUGGUAAGGCUUGUCAUCUUCCCAUGGAGUUCGAACACAAGGCGUCUGGGCAAUGA